AUGCCAAAAACAAUAAAAUUUUGUCAGAUAGAUUCGUGUAAACGUGAAGCUGAAACUCAUUGUUACCACUGUUCUCAAGAUGUAUGUGCCCAUCACUUUUUUGAUCAUAAACAAUCGAUCAAAAAUGAAAUGAAUCCUCUGACAGAUCAAAUUAAUACACUUACUGUCAAAAUAAAUGAAUUGAAACCAUCUUCCAUCAAUAUUGAACAACCAUUCUAUUAUUUGGAACAGUGGAGAAAUGAAGUACAAGCUUUAGUCAAUGAUGUUUACACGUUAAAACGACAAGAGAUUGAAACUAUUGUUCAAAAUCAUGAACAAGAAUUUAAUGGAUAUAAAAUGGAACAAAUGAGAACUCUGGAUACUAUUCGAAACGCAGUAGAAGAAUUCGUAAAUAACGGAGAUGUAACGUUUAAUCAACUACAAGAAAUUAAACAAAAAAUUGAAACUAUUGAAACAAACUUGACCGUAGCACAUGAUCAAUUGAUUAAUGUUGAAAUUAAGACUCCCAAUAUUAAUCAAAACAUGAUAGUUGUCAUGUCAAUUCCAAUCGCACAAUCUGAUCGAAAACUACAUCAAUGGCGAUCGAAAAGGACAGUGACGACAAAACAUUUAGAACAACGGUGA